GUGAUACUUUGGAGAGGAGGGAUGUAUUGAAACAGACUCCUGCUACUUCCAGCAAGGUACAGCAGCCCUGCUUCUACAUUUUGGUGCCUAACUCUGUUGUGAAUGUGCUGUAAUGGGGAUGGUCCGUCCAUGCCUAGAAGCUGCUUCUCAUCAGGAAACCGUACAUUAGCUCAGCAUCACUUCAAAGGUCUCGUCAGGCAGAGGUGACGCCAGGGGAUGAUUUAAAGGUGAAAAUGACACGGUUUCCACCUCUCAAACCUGGGCACAUGUUCUGACAAUACAGUCUGAAUGAACCCGAUGUCUUCUAUAUUGUGGAAGUAGGAUCGGAAGAGAAAGCACUGAUUUAUUCCUGAUAAGGAAGAUUGUUGGGAAGCUCUUUCUUUGGAAAUCUCAGAAUUAUGACACAGAUGGAUUUUAAAAAGUGUUAGCUCUUUCCAAUGAGCACUAACAGAGCACUUUGUUCUUGGCUGGAUUUUUCAGUGAGGCUGACGGAGCUGGGGGCUUGAAGCUGGGGUAACCCGCAGCAUCUCAUGCUCUCUCUAGAGAACGGCAAUGGUCUCGGCGAUGCCUUGGGUCCUGUACUUGUGGAUCAGUGCGUGUGCCCUGCUGCUCUGCCAUGGGUCCCUCCAGCACACCUUCCAGCAGCACCCCCUGCAUAGACCAGAAGGAGGGACCUGUGAAGUAAUUGCAGCCCACAGAUGCUGUAACAAGAACCGCAUUGAGGAGCGGUCACAAACAGUGAAGUGUUCCUGUCUUCCUGGAAAAGUGGCUGGGACAACAAGAAACCGACCUUCCUGUGUAGAUGCCUCCAUAGUGAUUGGGAAAUGGUGGUGUGAGAUGGAGCCCUGCCUAGAGGGAGAAGAAUGUAAGACACUCCCUGACAAUUCUGGGUGGAUGUGUGCUACAGGCAACAAAAUCAAGACCACGAGGAUUCACCCAAGAACCUAACAGAUGAAUUCACUGUAAAAAAAAAAAAAAAAAAAAGGAAAAACCAACCAAUGGAAAAAUGCAUCUUAAGAAUUUAAAACAUCUCCCCACGUUACAAGCCAAAUGGAUCUCUUAUUUGCACUUUGACUGGCUACCAGAUAAUCUAGUGCAUUUACUGUGUAUGAAAAAACAUCUCAUAUAAGAAGACUCAGAAAUUUUGGCAUCACUAUGAAAAAUAGGUUUAAAACAGAGUUUUCUCAGUAAAAUUUUUAAGGCUCAUGAAGAACGAUCAACUAUCUUCUAAUUUGGAUCUACCUUUACUUUGUACCAUUUGAAAUAUAUGUAUAUAUAAUAUUUUGAAAUAUUAUAUAUUCUCUUCAAGAAAUGAACAAAUGAACUCUACCACAACGUGAGAUGGCUGGUGUAUCUCUUUGAGUUUCAGAUGUUUGGAUUGGUUUCAUUUGCCAUUUCUUUUUCGCUUGGUGAGGAAGAUACCUGCCCUUGUUAGAAUCCAACAUGGCACUACUCCUGCAGGUGGACUCCUGGAAUCUGAGGCAUCCUAAGGAUACUGAAUCAAGAGCUUCCUUCUAUCUCUACCUGGUGCCCCAAGGAAGCAUUGUCCUGUUUUAUUGCUUUCAACCCUGUGCAAUAUUAGCAUGCAAGCUCGGCUUACAUAACUAUACUUUAUAUUCAAUUGAUAUAUAAUAACCAUUCUAACCUCUUCCAGGAAAAUAUUUUUAGAACUACUAGCUUUUCCACAGAUAAGAAGAUGAGGAUUCUUGAGGGAGUUGCUCAACCAUGCUAUUCAGACUCUGACAGGAUUGUAGGAUGUAGAUUUCUGUAGUAAUAAGUCCUGUAAAUACAAUGUCUUAGGACUUUGUAUAGCUGUUCUGGACUGCAGAAGUAUCCUCUGAUGAAAUCCAAAGUCUGGCUUUGUUAACUACAUAGUGCUGUAGCAACAAGUCUUAUCAUGCCACCUCUUUCUAUGUUUGAUUUGCUUUUUCCUAGAUAUUCAGCUCUCCUCUGGUGAGAUAGGAAUGCUAUGAAAGCAAUUAGGUUUCAGAAUGAUCUAUGUGACCAAGUGUUGGACAGCCCUAUUAAAGUGGUAAAUAACUUCUUUCUACA